GGGAUUUAGAAAAUCGGUAUUUAUCGUAAAAGUUAAAGAAAUAAAUAUUUCUGUUCUUAUUCAAAAUAUUAAUUUAUUCAUUAUAAUAUGUGUCCAUUAAUAUUGAAUAAUUUGAAAUACUAAUCAAAAUUAAAUGCUUUGUCUGACAUGGUAUAUUAAAUGUGCAUUUUUUUUUCUUAAAUUAUUCCGAUUAGCCGGCAUCACUAGCCAAAUUUUAUUUUUAUUGCGAAUUAAUGGCGUAGCCAGCACCAUGUCGACCCUAACGAAAAUGACCCGUACGGUUAAAAAACUGGAAGUACCCAGACCCCUGAAAUCGACGACCAGUUCCGCACACAACCGUAAUUCUGUGUUGGACGUCAAAAUAAAUUCAGUUGAUGAUCUGAUUGUGUUGACGGAAGCGGUUGCAUAUCAAAUGAUGCAGGGGAACUAUGACCGUGCACUUCAGAGUAAUGUGGCCACUAUGUAUUCCAACUUGAAGCUAUACGGCGCUCAACUUGAGGCACUCUAUAAAGAUUUUCUUGAUAGAUACUUUGUUGUGUUCCGCAAUGGUUCUCAGGAUGAGAGAUUGGAUAAAAAAACUCGACUUCAUCUUCUUGAGCUUAUAGAGUUGCGUGCAAAACUGUGGCAAGGCUCUGACUACAUGAGCCAAUAUUAUAGGCACCGUGGCACUCAUGCAGAGCCACUAUUGGUGCCUACGAUGGAGGGGUCUGGAACGGGCGGCUCGGUGUCCCCUACGCUGGCUGCGCCCGCCGAGCCGCCCGCCCUGCUCGGCCCCGGCGAGGUCAUCAAACCCUCGGGCAAGUUCCCCAAGCCCACCAAGAUCCCCGGCAAGAAUUACUCUAAGGACGAAGUCGUCAUCAGGAACGCUGACUCUGGAAAAGUGAUGGGUAUCAAGGGCAGGCGGGUGCACAUGAUCGAGGAGCUAAGUGACACGAUUAUAUCGUUUCAGCGAGUGAGCCCCGGUGCCAAAGAACGUCUAGUACAAAUUACUGGACCCAAUGAAGAGAAUGUUAAUCACGCGAAGCACCUGAUCGGCGAUACGAUCCGUCGCAACGCGUCGCCCGUAAGACUGGAGGCCGGCAACGAGGGGCUGGGGGCCUCGCGCGCAUCGCUCGACUCCAACGGGUCUGAUGACACGCCGCGCCCGCGCGAGAAAUCACCUCACAAUUCCCGGGCUCUGCUUCAUAGCUUUUCGACAAACGACGCCGCACUAGGAGAAUAUAAAUAUACUGUGACUUUUGGGCAACAUUCCAUUAAGAUCACAGGCAAUAACUUGGAUCUUGUGAAGACUGCAAAGUUAGUGUUAGACGAAUACUUCGAGAGCGCCGGCGCGCUGGAAGCGAUGGGCGCGGGCUCCGGGGACUUCUUCACGCUAUCGCAGCGGCCCGGCGCCGCUCUGUUACUGCGUGACGACGACGCGCUCAACGGGGACGACGAGGUUUUCCACGGGCAAAACGAGAACGAGCACGCGGGUACGCAGUGAUGCAUGAGGCUCUUUGAGGAAAUAUUUAUUAUGAUUGAGCUUAGAUAAAAUUAAUUAAUAUUAAAGGUUAACUUAAAGCGUAGUAGCAAUACUUUCAAAAAUAUUAAUCAAUGCUUGUAAUGGCAUGAAAAUAACGUGAAGCAUGGAGGUUUGCAUUUAUUUUAUUUUUUUAAUUAUACCUACAUUUUUUUAAAGCAGUUAAGAUUAAAGUGUACAAAUAUUGAGGACUGACUGAAGCAUGUAUGAAACCUACAUGUAAAUUCCAUAAGUUUGUUCAUUAGGUUUAUUUCAAUAAUUGUAUUUUUAUCAUUAUUGUCGUGGUUUUUGGUUCAUUAGAUAAUGACAACAUCAAUGUGUAUAUUUAUUUAUUUCAUUCAUAUCCUUUUGGUGACAUAGUGUCCUCUUCUGCAGAAGUUUCAAAAUUUUGCUAACUGAAAUACAUCAUAUUUCAUAACAUGGCCAUUUUCAUUUAAUCAUUCUGCUAAAAGGGAGUCACGGUCACAUAACUUUGUUUACACACUUCUAGUCGAUGUCAAAUAUAACUUAAAAUGCCGAUGGGAUCAUAUCUUGUAAAAUAAUUAUUAAAUAAUAGUAUAAUAAUAAUAUAGCGGUACCUAUACAAACGUCAAAUUGGAUGCCUUAGUUGCCUUUACGACACCGAAUCAAAAAUCGAUCUAAUGUCAAAUGCAACCUCCCAACACGCCACUAUACUGUUUGGUUGUUACUUAUAUACUUUGUUUAGAAAUCUUCUCGUUAAUCUAUUAUCUAUGGGAGUUUAAGCUCAAACAGCAUUCCUUCUAUGCUUUAGUUGUUGUUUUGAGGCUAUCGCAAAGAAAGAGUGGCAUGAUUCUCUAAACCUAAACUUAAAUUUGACAACAGUGUAUCAUUGUCACUCUAUAAAGAAGGAAAAGGAGAGACUGAUGUUAAAUUUAGUUUUAAGUUUAAAGAAUUAAUGACUCUGAUUGCGGUCGUUGGUUGAUGUAUUAUUGCAUAUUAUGAGUAAUUGUUUAUCUUGGUAUUGAAAGAAGUCUUUCGAAAAACACGAUGAUCAGAACACCCCAUAUUAGUUAUUUUCUCACGCUCUUACUGGUCGACUGAUAGAGAAUGCCUUAUGGCAUUAUGUUCGCCAUUUGCAUUGUUAUUUUACAAUAAAGUUUAAAUAAACACUGAUUGAAUCCCAUCGGUUAAAGAUGAGUGGCAUCGGCUAGAGAGUAGCGAGUGGUAUUCCUCGUUGGUGCGUGAGAUACGUACAUGUAGACGCGUAUACGUAUGCCCGUGGCGGAGUAACGUGGUUGUGUGCAGGCGAGGGCGAAGGGGCGCGGCGCCGGCCACGGUUCUCGCGCGCCGCCAGCACCGACAAGGCGACAGGUGGCGCCGGGUGCGGGUCGCGGCAGACGUACACGUACGAGACGCUGGUGCAGUACGCGGACUCGCCGCUCAGCAAGCUGCCGCCCGCCGGCCUGGCCGCCUUCCCGCCCGAGCUGGCGCGCAAGAGUUGCCUGGAGUUCGACAGCGAAAGCUACCUGAAGAAGGUGCGGGCCGCCGCCGGCACCACCCUGGCCGCGGACGUGCCCGACUCGCCCGAGCCCGAAUAACCUGACCGGCUCAUAAACACCCAACCACAACCUACUCGCGAAACUGCCGAUAUAAACCCUGACUGGAAAAAUGAAAACUAAUAACUCCCUCACGGCCAAUUUUAAUAAUCAAACUCCAAUAACAGAUAAAGUACCACCAAUGAAAGGCGUACUCAGAAUAAAGUACACUUUCGAUCUAGUUUAAAAAGAGGCGCGAUGAAAAUACUAAUUCAGUCGCGAACUGAAACGACUUUCCGGAAUUGCAUUCUUUCGUUGCAGUGCGGCACCGUAGGGAGCUUUGCUGCAUUGAUAUUUUUAUUAUUUAAAUUAUAACAAACUUGCUAAGAUACGGAACUAGAUUAUCAUUAUCUUAUUCUGGAGGUUGAUUAAUGAAACUGGCCUAUAAACAUAAAUAAUAGACUGAGCACCACACGCAUGAUAUUGACAAAUCUCUUAUGAUUAGUGAAAGCGAUGUAACUUAUACGAACUAUUGACCGUUUUUUCUCACGCUCACCUGCCCAGUUUUACUUAACAGUUUAACAUGGUCCACCAAGGGCGGAUCCAGCUUUGGCACCAGGGUCGUAAAAUAAAAAUAAAGUCGUGGUCAAGUCACAGUGGGUACAGAUUGUGAAGUAGGUCCAUAUGGACCCAGCCCAGGGGGUCAUGACCCCCAUGACCCCUCCCCUGGGUCCGCCCAUGUGAUCAGCUCAGUCUGUUCUGUGUAAGAAAGCAUCAUACAACUGUGCGGUCCGUACACGCUAAACUGCAUCUGAGCGUGCAUCAUGAAUUACUUAAGAUGCGACCUGCUUUACAUCAGAAAUUACUAAAGCAAAAUUAUGGACCAACUCCGUGAACCACGUAAGAUAGUAACUUCAAACUUCCUUAUGCCUUGAUGACACGUACCGAAUAAAUGGGGGAUUCAAUGAUGGAAGUUAAAAACUCAUGUAAGAGCACUCGGCGUUAUGUUUAUACGUAGAUACCGAGUACUCGGCCGAGAGCACUAUCACACUCGUUACGUAUGAUCAAGGCAUAACAUCUAAAAAUUAAAAAGUUUGCUGUUGUCUAAAAUACACUGUGCUGACAGCCACAUCAAGGUACAACAGAUUGUCAUAUAUUCUCAAAAGGUUGUGAAUUAUAUUAAUAACAAGAUAAAGUUGGAGGAAAUU